GGUGGUGGCUGCAGUAGUAGCGGCGGCGACGGCGGCGGGCCUGAAAUCUCAAAAACCCCAUUCCGCAUGCCAAUCUCCUCACUCGAGCGCUGCCAAUGCUUAAAGCUAUGAAACCCAAAUUCGUCAAUAUCACAAUUGAUAUCAGUCUUGCCAUUCACCUCUUUAGGCGAACAGAGAAUUCCCUUCACCGUGGUCGUGGGCGUGGCCGCUACUCGCAUCAUGAUUGUGGAUGGUGGUGCCGCCAGAGACAACCCGUGUGUGGGUCGUCGUCUUGCCUAUACGGCUACCGUUUGCAUUGCUGUGAGCGUGGUACAUACUGCUGGCGUUUUCUUCGAAGCGUUCCAUUUCGCGACACUUUUCCUCGUACUUGGCAAUGUACUCGUCGCGCUCGCGGUCGGCAGCGUGGCGGGCCUGGAUAGCGCGCUCCUUUUGCUCACGAGCCUCGCUCAACAAUGUGCGCAAAGAGGUGAUUUCGAAUUCAAAUUCUGCAGAAGAAUCCUCGUAGGAUGUGACUGUCUCGGUGAUCUCUUCAUACUUGUGCUUCCAUGCAUUGAGGUCGGAGUGUGCGCGAUCGCGAUCGUACUUGAGGUUGGUAAUCUCGGUUUGGAAGAGGGUCAGCUGUUCCUGGAGACUGGCAAUCUCCGUCGUCAAAUGUCCUUGCUUGAUGCGAGAGUCUUCGCCCUCGCGGUAUAGGACUCGAUUACGUUCAGUCAGGGUAAGGAUCUCAGACUUAAUCUCAGCGGUGGCGAUCUCAGACCGGCGAAGAGACUCCUCCAGGAUAUUGAUACGGC